AUGUUACGAUCUCCGUCGGAUAGUAAGCAGCUUCACCAUUCCAGCCCAGACCUGACGGUUAAGGACAACAAGGAACUAAAGCAAACAAUUGAACUGGAUUCCGUGCCACUCCGAAAACGUAAGCAUGAUGAUGACUUCAACGAUUCCUUCAAAUCAUUUACGGAGGAAAUCAAAAAAACUUUGUGUAACUGGAAAUCAGAAAUAGUAACUGAUAUAGCACAGAUAAAUAACAACCUUAAUAACGUUAUUAAGAACGACCUGGCUAAACUAAAUGAGACUUCAUCCGUGUUGAGGACCGAUAUAAACAACAUGCACAAGGAGUUUCUGGAAAUGAAUAAUGCCGUCCGGAAAAUUGAUGUUAAACAGAAGGAAAUGAUAUGUGACAUAACUUCCCUACAGCAUUCAGUUCAAUUCACAAGUGAUCAACAAGACGAUUGUAAUAAAAAACUAGACUCGAUCACUAUAAAUAUGAAGAAAAUUGAUCUCAUUGAGAACGAGCUUGAAGAAAUUAAAAAAGAGAACCGAGUCCUCAAGCAAGAUUUAAAUGCUAAAGAUCAAAUGGAACGAAUGAUGAACCUAGAAAUCAUUGGGGUACCUGAGUCGAAAACGGAGAACAUAACUGAUAUGGUGAUGAAGUUGGCGCAGUUCGUUGGCGAAGACCUUUCACCCAAUGAUGUAAUCCAUGCAAAUCGAAUAACUCCGAGGAUCGCGGUGCAGGGACGCCCCAGAGUUAUAAUUGUCAAGCUGAGAACGAGACUUCUAAAAGACAAUAUGCUGUCUCGAUCACGCAAAAUUCGCAUUACAGCCAGGGAUUUAGGUAUGCCAGGAGACUCCCCUGUAUAUGUCAACGAACACCUCACGUUCUAUAACAAACAACUGUUAAAAAAAUGUAAAGAUACGGCCAGAGUUAAACAGUAUCAAUACAUUUGGGCAAAAAACGGGAGGAUUUACGUCAAGAAGAACGACGAAAGCACAACCAUCAAAAUAGUCACAGAGGAAGACAUCAAGAAAAUAUUGUAG